GAUUUAUAAUAGACGUCACUAUCUCUCCGCGUAAGUUCGUUGUGUACAAAAUGUUACUCGUAUAGCAAUUUCGCUGUUUAGUUCUAUAAAGUUUUGUAUGUUAAUGAAAUUUAUUUGUUAAAUAUUACAGUUAUUAAGAAGGACAACGUCAUGAUAAUUUGGAUUCCAGGAUGCUUAGCAUUCAUGAGUUUCAUAUAUAUGAUCUAUUGGAGAUGGACACACCGACGUAUUUUAAAGUUAGCUUCUCUAGUUCCCGGCCCUCCGUCUUUGCCAAUUUUAGGCAACACGCUCAUGUUACUAGGUAAUCCAGAAGAGUAUCUAAACAAAAUGGCGGAUAUGCUUUAUCAAUAUGGCGACUACGUAAAGUUUUGGCUCGGUCCGGAGUUAUUUAUUUUUGUGAAAAAUCCACUUGAUAUUAGGCAUAUUUUGACUAGCAACCACGUGAAUCAAAAGGGGCCGUCGUAUGAUUGCAUCGUACCAUAUAUUGGAAGAGGAAUUCUGACAGGAGGGCCGACCUGGCGAUUGUACAGGAAAAUAGCAAACCCUGCUUACGGCAAGAAGGCAGUGGACGCGUUUAGUAAAGUAUUCAAUGUAGAAGGUAAAGAUUUGGCCAGAGUACUUGCCUCCAAGGAUGACAAGACCUUCAAUGUAUACUUCGACGUCCUGCACUGUACGACACAGUCCGUUUGUCAAACUUUAAUAGGACUAUCGAAAGAGGACAGUGUAAAUGUGACAAAUUUAGAAGAAGUCAUUCUAGGAACGCAAAAUAUAUACACUGAAAUGUUCUCAAAAAUGACCCGAUGGUGGUUGCAAAUACCAUUAAUAUAUUGGCUCACCGGCAACGCUAGUAAACAGGGCAAAUUUAUAAAUGAAAUCGACGGAAUGGUGUCGGAUAUGUUACAGAAAAGACGUAAAGCAAUUACCACAGCUGCGCCACAUGACGUAUUCGGUGUUAUAGACCGUUUCAUUUUUUGCGGCCUUAGUGAUGAUGAGAUAAAAAGACAGACAUUUGCCCUAUUCACAACAAGCCAAGAAGCGUCUGCAAAAAUUGCAUCAGGCGUUUUGUUAUUCCUAGCUCAUCUUCCCGUUUGGCAGAAAAAAGUCUAUGAAGAAAUUGUCGAAGUUCUGGGAACGGAUGCUACGGAUGUUUCUGAGGAAAGCUUGAAGAAACUUCAUUAUUUGGACAUGGUUUACAAAGAAGUACUAAGAUAUUUGUCGAUAGCAGCCCUCAUCCAAAGGAAGGUUGAAAAGGACAUCACUAUAAGAAAUGGUGAAUUAACGAUUCCAGCUGGAGCUGUUGUUGUUAUCCCGAUCCACGAACUCCACAGGGAUCCAAGAUUCUGGGACGAUCCGUACAAAGUGAAGCCAGAAAGAUUUCUGCCAGAAAACUCUAGAGAAAGAGAUCCCAACGCGUUUGUACCCUUUAGUUUGGGCCCCAUGGAUUGUUUAGGUCGAGUGUAUGCAACAGCUCUUAUCAAAACAAUUGUAGUCCAAGUGCUGCGUCGUGUGGAGCUUGAAGCUGAUGGAAACAUUGAAGACCUGGAUCUUCACAUCGCUAUUUCUGUGAAAUUCGCAAAGGGCUACAACUUACGAGCACGCCCUAGGAAAUAAGCUCAAAA